AUGGCACCACGCUCUCAACUAGAAAUUGCUACAUCCUCUGUUGAACGUCUGGUGAAGGAAGAGGCGUCCUACCACCGUGAGCUCCAGCAACAGACGGAAAGAAUCCAAAAGCUGGAGUCUCAGCAGGCUGGCGAGGACGAGAACCGGGAAUACAUGCUGAAGCAGGAGCGCCUUGCACUUGAAGAAACCAAGAAGGUUUUGCCCAGUUUGAAGCAGAAGAUCGAUGAGGCGGUAGCGAAACUUGAGAGCCUUCUGGCCGAGGAGGGAAAGAAAGGCCCCGAGAGCAAUGUAGAGCAGAUCACUGCUGGCAAGGAGGCCAUCGCAAAGGCCAAGACGGCCAAAAGGGAAAUCGCCUAG